GUGGUUUGUGGUGUUGCAGUAGUUAGCAGUUCAUUCUGCCUCAGAAACACACGACUAGUAGCUACGCACAGACUAAACACCUUCAGCUCUCAGUUGUCUAGAUGACUUUAAACACAUCGACCGUUAAUGUGAACUCUGGCUCGCCUGUGUAUUGGUCAUGUCUCAUGAGUGAGGAGCUUUCUGAACACUAGAAGCAAUGAGGAUGAGAGUGGCUGUGCUGGUGCUUGUUGUUUUCGUCAGUUUGACUGAAGCAGCACGAUGUGUUCCUACAAGUAGUCCACACUGUUACAAAUCUUCAACUAAACCUUCAGAGGACUUCAUUUGUGAAUGGGACGAGAGAAACCCUGAGAAGGGUCAAAAACACACUCUCCAUAUUUGGGACCCUGAAAAAAACAGUUUCCGUAUGCAUGUGAAGUCCAUCAAACCAGCACAGGCAGACCUUUUCUUGGAGGAACUAGGAACCCCAUUAAGAAAGACAGAAAUAUGGGUACAGACACAAGUGGGCAACCUCACAUGUAAUUCUACCAAAACUUCAGUCAUCCUUGAAUGCAUGGUCAAAUACAGUAAACCUUGCAUUAUCAGCAUGAAAAGGUCAGCUGGAAUCCUGAAUCUCACACUGGACAAACCGAAGGAUAACAGGGGUGCUAUAUAUGAGAUCAGAUGGAGAGAAAGAGACUCUGAAUGGCAGAAUAAAACGUUUGAAACCAAGGACAGCACUACUGAAGAUUUCCACAUGCUACAUCUACAGAACCAGACUGUCUACCAGAUCCAGCUGAGGCGGCAGGCCAAACUGCAUGCACAUCAAUGUGAAGACUCACUACAUGCUCUCUGGAGUGACUGGAGCCAAACGGUGGAUGUUCCCUCAGAAAUCAGGCGCGGACCUGUAAUACGCCGGGAAGAAAAUGACCUGAAAAAUGGUAGCAGGGAAAUUAAUCUCUUCUGGGAUGCUCCACCUCCUGAAGAGUCUGUAGGGGGUGUAAAGUACAUCCUGAAAUUCUGGGAUUGGCCUUGUGAGAAAAACAAGAAAAAGAAACAUAAAACUAAGGAUCAAAGCUAUAAUACAACAAUAGCAUAUUCAGAGGUCAAUAUUUCCAUUGUUGCAUCUAACAAUGUUGGACAUUCACCACGACAGCAUAUCGUCAUUCCUGCUGUGAAGCAUCUGAACUAUUGCAACUCUGACAUGCCCUUAAAUAUCAUCAUGGCUGAUAAUAAAACCUGCUUAGAAUGGUACAAGCUGGAAGACGGUGAGACCCGACCAGAGACAAUACAUAGCUCAGGCAAAAAAUUGUUCAAGGACAUUAAAGAUGAGGUUGAGCAUUAUGUUCGUCAUUAUUACUUUCUUCACACCAUAAGAAAUAAACGGUAUCAAACUGCCAUUAUGUGUCCUUUUUACUCAAAACAGAAAGCCCCUAUUCAUGGUCCAGCCAAUGUGAAUAUUUCUGACAUCACACAUGAAUCAGCUGUGGUAAGCUGGCUUUCCAUUCCUGUGGCGGCGCAGCAAGGAUUUCUACAGCAUUAUGGCAUUUGGAUAUCUGGACAGGGAAACACAAAGUUCCAUCAAGUCCCAGCAAAUCAAACCAGCUUCCUGAUCAAGGAGCUCCACCCAGGGGCCUCUUACACUGUAUCUAUAUCUGGAAGGACAGAAGCUGGUAAUGGGCCGAACUCAACGGUGAACUUUGAAACACACUCCAAAGAAAUGGGCUUAUCGUGGCAGGACCAAACCAUCCUGAUCGUCUGUGUGGUGGCCCUCUUGUGUACUGUAAUCUGCUCUGUAGCUGCCAGGAGAUUGAAGCUGCUACCUGAGGUACCCAUCCCUGUGAUUGAUGCAGCAGAAUUCAGAUGUCCGGAAGAGCAGGACCAGAGGCCGAUGUUGGAGGAGGUGCAUGAGUUCAUUCUCUUACUGCGCCAAGAUCUCAGCAAACGCAGGGAGAACGUGACUCCUGAGCAGAGCACUUUACUGCAAGACUUUGGGCUUGUUGUCUUUGAAGAGGAGGAUGAGGAAGAUGGAGAGGGUGGAGUUACUGACUUCAGCUCUAUGAAAUCCUGUUGCUAUCCGAAUCCUAGCUACAGAGGACAGAUGCUACAGCUGCCAGAGCCUUUUCACAUGACAGACAGCACUUCAAGGGACAAUGAAACAGAGCCCACCUACAGAGAUGGCCUGUUCUUUGAAACACGAGUCUUGGAGUGUGACAUAACGUCACUAUAAUAGAACCUGACUGUAGGGACAAAUAAACAACCCUAAACAAACCUCCUCUUUCUGCUGCAUGUGUCUUCUGUACAGGCAGGUGCAGGGCAUCUUUAGCUUGUCUUUAAAGUGCACCUGAAAAAUAAUGCUGGAAAUCACCCAGUUCUGAGAAGAGAGUGCGAUUCUCAGCAGUUACUGAGGUUUCAAACACAUUCUCACUCUUAAGCUUUUGUUGUGGUCACUGACGUCACAUUCUGGAUUCUCAUUAUGUCUAUAUAUGAAGUAUACUGCUUAUUGGUGUUUUUAGUGAUAAAGUUACCGUUAUUGUACUCUUCACAUACAGGUGCAUCACAGUUAAAUGUUAAGGGUUAGUUAGAUUUUUUUUCUAAGAAAUUAAUACCUUUCUUUUAUUCAGAAAGGAUGCAUUAAAUUGAUCAAAAGUGACAGAAAAGACUUUUAUAUUAAUAAAUAAAUGUAUUAUUUUUUAAAUAAAUGCUGUUCUUUUGAACUUUCUUUUCAGCAGAGAAACCAAGAGAAAUUCUCUUCAGAAACAAUAACCACAAAAAUAUUAAAAUAUUUAAACUUUUUUAAACAUCAGUAAUAAAGAGAAAUGUUAUUAAUAUAAUUUUAUUAUUAUAAAUGUAUAUAAUAAUUAUCAUUUGUAGUAUAACAUUUAUAGUACACAGCUGAGUAUAUAUUUAUACAUUUACAGUUUUGUCCACUAGGGAGAGCUAUUCAAUCUCUCAGA